GUGGCUAUUAUUGGAUGUACACCUACGUAUAUAACUGUAUCUAUAGUGAGUGUUGUCAUGUUGUUGGAUGUCCACAUUGUCUCGCAUUCUACUAUAUAUAGCGACUGUUGUGUUAUUGGACGUCCACUCUGUCUCUCGUACUGUAUGCUCAUUGUUUAUUGUUGUUGGAUGCCCAUACUCUUGUGUAGUGGAUUUCCACAUUGUCUCUCACUGGUAUAUGUAGUGUUGUAUUAAACAACAAAUGUAUACUGAUGGCAAUGUAGAUGGUGAUCAUAAGAACAAUAUAUAUAAAUGGUGAUACACAUAUAUACACAAGACUGAUGUACAAAAAGAGAAAAUUGUGAAUGCCAAAGAGAGAUUGAGAAACAUUGUGGAUGCCCACUAAAUAUGUACGUAUGUACGUACAUAUGACAAAAAUGCAGAUGCCUGCCAG